UCGGACAUAGAUCAAAUCAUUCGUCUAUAAAAUGGAAACCAUAUCUGGAGCAAAUUAAACCAAAGUACAUUAUUAAGUGUUGACACAGAUGAAAAUGAGUAUCAAACCAUUCUCCUUCUUUGUUGCACUGCAGGUUGUUCAUCUGCUGCUUGUUGCCCGCCUCAGUAUGCUCGAGAACGCCUAUGCUCAAGAACCCAGUAAUGUCUACAUUGUUUAUCUAGGAGCCCGACAGCACGAUGACCCAAAUCAUACUACAGAAUCACAUUAUGAUAUGCUUGCUGCAGUGAUGGAGAGCAAGGAAUUGGCACAAGAGUCCAUGGUGUACAGUUACAGACAUGGCUUUUCAGGAUUUGCAGCUAAACUAACAAGGCCUCAAGCACAGCAGUUAUCAGAACAUCCUGAUGUAAUAGGAGUAAUGCCAAACUCUCUCUACAAGCUACAGACAACCAGAAGCUGGGAUUAUUUAGGUCUGUCUUCACAGUCACCGGAUAAUAUUCUGGAUAAAAGUAAUAUGGGCGAUGGCAUUAUCAUCGGUGUCCUAGAUACAGGGAUAUGGCCAGAGUCGAAGGCUUUCAGUGAUGAAGGGCUGGGAACAAUUCCUCCAAGCUGGAAGGGUUUCUGCCAGUCCGGUGAUCAAUUCAACCCUGCUAAGCAUUGCAACAAAAAGGUUAUUGGAGCGAGAUGGUUUGUUGACGGGAUUCUAGAUGCAAUCGGACGGCAAGUUAACUUGACACAAGAAGGAGAAUUUGUAUCUGCCAGAGAUGCAGAUGGACAUGGCACUCACGUUUCCAGCACAGCGGCUGGUGGUUAUGUGGCCAAUGUCAGCUAUAACACUGUUGGUCUAGGGACUGCAAGAGGGGGUGCACCCCGCGCUCGGCUGGCCAUCUACAAGGUGUGCUGGAAGUUGCCAUCGGGACAGUGUGCAGCAGCUGAUAUUCUCAAAGGUUUAGAUGAGGCCAUCAAGGAUGGAGUCCAUGUUUUAAGUCUGUCUAUUGCAGCUUCUUCAAUUCCUCUGUUCUCUGAAGUGGACGGGCGUGAUGCCAUUGCCAUAGGCUCCUUCCAUGCUGUUCAAAGAGGAAUCACUGUCGUGUGUGGAGCAGGCAAUGAAGGUCCUUCAUCACAGUCUGUCAAGAACACGGCACCAUGGAUAAUAACUGUUGCAGCUAGCACCAUGGAUAGAUCAUUUGUAGCACAAAUCACUCUAGGAAACAACAAGACCUUUCAGGGUCAGGCUAUCCACACCAGUAAUGAAACUAGCGCCAGAGGCCUGUACUACCCUGGCGAUGUUGAUGGGCGGUUAUCAGCAGGCGUCUGUGAAGCUCUCCUCCUCUCGCAGCGUCGUACUGCUGGAAAGAUAGUUCUCUGUUUCACCACAAUAUCCAGUCCAAUAGUUACACAAUUGGCAUCAUUGCUAGUUAGAGCAGCAGGUGGUGUUGGUGUAAUCGUUGCCAAGGCUCCCAGUGCCAUUGCAGGACAGUGUGAUGGCGUACCCUGUGCAGAGGUUGAUUAUGAGGUUGGCACCUCGAUCCUUUACUAUAUGCGGUCCUCCAGCAAUCCAUCGGCUAAACUAAGCCGCUCAACAACUUUGGUAAGCAAAGCUGUUGCAGCCAGGAUCCCAGCUUUCUCAUCACGCGGCCCUAACAGUAUAGCAGCUGCAAUACUCAAGCCAGAUAUAGCUGCCCCAGGAGUGCAAAUAAUAGCUGCAACCUCUGAUCGCGAUGGAUCUGCAGAAAGAGGUUUCACUAUGCUCACAGGGACAUCCAUGUCAACUCCUCAUAUUGCCGGCAUUGUGGCACUUCUCAGGGCGCUACACAUAGAAUGGUCCCCAGCUGCAAUCAGAUCUGCACUCACAACUACAGCUUGGACUACUGAUCAAUACGGCAUUCCAAUCUUCGCUGAGGGUGACACACAGAAGCUUGCUGAUCCUUUCGAUUAUGGAGGAGGAAUUGUGAACCCAAAUAGAGCUGCCUGUCCAGGGCUGGUAUACGACAUGGACACAUCAGACUAUAUUAGUUACCUUUGCAGCAUGGAGUAUGACAAUUCUGCUAUCUCUCGGUUAACAGGGAGAACUAUAACAUGUCCAAAAACCUCGUCAAUUCUAGAUGUAAACUUACCUUCCAUAACUAUUCCAUAUCUCAGAAACUCAACUACACUUACCAGGACAGUGACUAAUGUUGGACCUGUAAACUCCAUAUACCAUGUCAUAAUAAAACCUCCCACCGGGACAUUUGUAUUCGUCAACCCUCCCAUACUGAUCUUCAACUCCAAGGUCAAGAAAAUCACCUUCGAAGUGACAAUCAUUUCAAUGCAUCAGCUAACUGCAGGAUACUAUUUUGGGAGCCUAAUCUGGACUGAUGGGGUACAUGAUGUCAGAAGCCCCAUUGCCGUGAGAACUGCCAUGCCUCAACGUCAUGCCACAGCCAUUUGAAGAUUGUGCUUCCCCAAAUUAUGUGUUGAUACCUAUCAUUGCUGUUAUCUUUCACAAACUAAUGCAUUAAGCUGAUCAGAGAAAAACUAUCAAAUUUUCAGGGCACAAGUAUUAAUAAGUAA